CGAUGGGCGGGGACAGAGCGUGUAGGAGAAGCAGAAUCAAAACAAGCUGGAGACCCGCCUUUUCCCUCCGGCUCCCAAGUGUCUCUCUCUCUCUCUCUCUCUCUCUCUCUCUCUCUCUCUCACGCCCCAGAAGCAGGCGGCGGCCGCGGCUGCUGCUGGCCCCUGCGAGUGCGCCGCUGAGCCCCAGGAAGCUGGGCGGGCGGGGGAACCUGGUGAGGGAUGGAGCGAGAGAUGCAUGAAUAGACCGGGACCCUAGCCCGCGCCUUUCAUUCUCCGCUCCGCUGCAGACGGGGCGGGCGGCCACGGCAGCCGCCGGGCGUGGGGCGGGGGCCAUGAAUAGCCGCCCCCGGGGGAGCCGCCUUCGCUGAAGCCCGGCGGCCCCGGAUCCUCGCGAGAUGCCCAACCCCAAAAGCAGUAAAGGUGGCCGCAAGAACAAACGCGCCAACAGCAGCGGAGACGAGCAAGAAAAUGGAGCUGGGGCCCUGGCGGCGGCAGCAGCAGCGGCCGGCGUGGCGGGCGGGGGAGCCUUGGCCGCGGCAGCAGGCUCGGGAGCGGCGGCGGGAGCGGCGGCGGCUGGAGCCGGAGCGGGAGCGGCUGGGGCCGGAGGAGCGGCGGCAGGCGCGGGCUCGGCGGCAGGCUCGGGAGCGGCGGCAGCUGCGGCCGUGGCCGCUUCAAGCGACGCCAAGAGCGAAGCACCUUGUGCCACGCCACUCAUCUGCAGCUUUGGAAGGCCAGUUGAUCUGGACAAGGACGAUUACCAGAAGGUGGUCUGCAACAAUGAGCACUGCCCCUACAGCACCUGGAUGCAUCUUCAGUGUUUUUAUGAAUGGGAAAGUAGCAUCCUGGUUCAAUUUAACUGCAUUGGCCGAGCUCGGAGCUGGAAUGAAAAGCAGUGUCGCCAGAACAUGUGGACCAAGAAGGGCUAUGAUCUCGCCUUUCGCUUCUGCUCCUGCCGCUGUGGACAGGGCCACUUGAAGAAAGAUACAGACUGGUACCAGGUGAAGCGGAUGCAUGAUGAGAAAAAGAAGAAGUCCAUGUCAGAGAAGGGCAGUGGGAGGCCAAUGGCAGAGACUGGGGAGGAGGUAAAAAAGUGUAGGCCUCUUAACAAGGCCCAGAAAGGCCUGAGUCAUGACCUCCCUCGGCGGCAUUCCAUGGACAGGCAGAACUCCCAGGAGAAAGGGGUCAAUGCGGGAGGCUAUGGAGUGCGCUCCCCCUGUGGUUCUCCUGGCCAGUCUCCCCCUACAGGGUACUCUAUUCUCUCUCCUGCCCAUUUCAGCGGACCUCGAUCCUCAAGAUACCUUGGGGAAUUUUUAAAGAAUGCCAUUCACUUGGAGCCUCACAAAAAGAACAUGGCUGGUGGAGGCAUGUUCCGAAAUGCUCACUUUGACUAUGGGGCAACUGGCUUGCCGGCACACAGGGGUGGGCACUUUGAUGCUCCAGUGCAAUUUCUGAGGCGACUUGACCUUUCAGAACUCCUUACUCACAUCCCUAGGCACAAGCUGAACACUUUCCACGUAAGGAUGGAAGAUGAUGCCCAAGUGGGCCAAGGGGAGGAUCUACGGAAAUUCAUUCUUGCUGCCCUUAGUGCCAGCCACAGAAAUGUUGUAAACUGUGCCCUUUGCCACCGGGCCCUUCCAGUAUUCGAACAGUUCCCUUUAGUGGAUGGAACCCUGUUUUUAAGCCCAUCAAGACAUGAUGAAAUUGAAUAUGAUGUUCCUUGUCACCUUCAAGGGAGGCUUAUGCAUCUGUAUGCUGUGUGUGUAGACUGCUUAGAAGGGGUUCAUAAAAUAAUCUGCAUUAAGUGUAAGUCUCGAUGGGAUGGAAGCUGGCACCAAUUGGGCACCAUGUAUACCUAUGACAUUUUGGCAGCCUCUCCAUGUUGUCAGGCCCGACUGAACUGUAAGCACUGUGGAAAGCCAGUCAUAGAUGUACGGAUUGGAAUGCAGUAUUUCUCAGAAUACAGCAAUGUUCAGCAGUGCCCACAUUGUGGGAAUCUAGACUACCACUUCGUGAAGCCAUUUUCUUCUUUUAAAGUUCUGGAGGCUUAUUGAUGAAAGCUUUGCUUUAGUAAUAGCUAUUUUAUGGGUAUUACUACUUUAUUACAUAUCUUUUAUAGGAAACACUCCGUGACAUUGGUUUCUUUUCUAAUUUAAAGAAGAAUUGUUUUGGGAUGUGGAUGUUACUAAAACUGGAGACUGACCUUGCACCCUCCUUGACACCUGAGUGUUUAGUUAGUGGUCAGGGCCUGAGCCCCAGGGAGUAACUGUGAGUUUAUGGGAAGGGGGAUCACCAUCACUGAUUGUCUCUGAUAGAGCUUUAAGUUAAGAGGUGACAGGGAGGGUGGGAGAUUUUAGGGAAGGGAUGGUGUGGGGGUAAACUGAUCUCAUGGUAGAGUCCAGCAGUUUGAGGAGGUGGGAAGAAGCCCUUACUAAAAUGAUAGACAGUUCCAGCUGAUCUAUUUUCAGAUUUUCCCAGGGGUUUGGGAAAACUGUGUGACAUGUGAAUGUAAAUCUGUGCCAGGAGGUGAAACAGUGUUUUGAGUUUAUAUCUUGGCAUAGUGCUUUGCAGUAAACAUUGACACGAAAUUUACCUUCACUGACAGAUCAUUUGGAAGUAGCCUUGGUGUACUGUUUCCAUCAGUAUUGUAGGUUAGCAGUCAGGUCAAGUGAUUUCUACUGGAAUUAAGUUCCAAGUUACAAUACAUCUGUUUGAAGCUGUUUGUGGUGCAAAUAUUUUUGGUCAAGGUUUGCUCAUGACCUAGAGAGCAUAUUAAAUGGCAUUACUGAUGCACAUGGGUUCAGGAAGGCAGGACUGCAGAGCUGUGUGGUUAGAACUCUUGUCUUCAAAGUAGUUUAAAAUGGCUUUUAAGUUGGAGAAUUCACCAGUAGUGUGAUCUUGACAAAUACAGAUUUGUACCAGUUGCAAGAUAGAAGUCACAUAUGGUGUCUUGCCAGUGAACUUCAUAGCCUUGAUCCUUAAACAUGCUGGUGAACUUCAUAAGAUUAUAGUCAGUGCCAUACUUUCCAAAGAGUCACUUAUGGCCAUGUCUUGCCUAGUUAAUGCUGAGCCUUCUAAAAUUACAUAUUUGACCAGAUUUGGGGUGGGAGAGGGCAUAUUUAAAGGAUGUUAAGGGAAAAAAGGGCUAAUAUUUCUAUUUGGGGUUUAUCCUUUUCACAUGGGGGAGUUAUUCCUAUUAAUAAAAGGUGUACACUAAAAUGUUAUUCUUAUAAGAAUUUUUGCAAUACCUCGUUGGCUUUACUAGAGAAAUAUUAAGCAUUUAGAAAGUUGGCUUUUUUUGUCUUUCUAAGAUGCAGAUUUCCAUUCAGGAUUUCUAAUUAAAUUAUAAAAGCCUUAGAUCCCUGUUAGUGACAUUAAAAGGAACCUUAGCCCCCUCCCCCCCCUUUUCAAAACUAUAGAUUCUGACUUAGAAUGUGCUUUUUCAAAAAUAAUUUGCCAAUUUCAAGUGUGACCUUAGAAAUUUGGUCAUUUCAAGUGUGUUGAAGUAAAUAUUCCCAAAGAACACCAAAAACAUUGUUUAUUUGAACAUUUUGUAUUGCUUAAUCAGUUUAUACUAGUCUUGUGUUCCAGAGGAACCACAUUUGGGUUUUCACAUAACGUUAUUGAGACUUUACUGCCAGAGAGUUGCAGGUGUACUACAGACAACACUCGAUCUUGGGAGGAUCAGAAGCAUUAUUCCGUGCCCAUUAUCUCUAUGUUCUGUUUGAUUCUAAAUGUGCUUUGCUUUAGCCAGUUUUGGUGGUCUGAAAAAUGUUUCACCACAGGGAAAAUACUUGAAAUGUUUAUGAGAGGCCAAAGACUGUACUUAAGUCUGCCAAUAUUUGAUUGAACCAAAAGAGGUUUAUAGGGAGAAGACUGAAUAUUUGGGUUUAAGGCACAGGGCCAUAAUUGUGAAUAAUUUUGAUGUUGAGGGCAUCAGGUGCUGAAACCUAAAUUUUUAACAACGUCUUUGUCUUAAGAAUACCAUUUGGACAUUGUUUCAAAGCCUAAAGAGUAAAGUUUUUGCAGUGCAUUUCUUUUCCCAACAAAGACUUUAAAGUGAAACCUGCUUAUAAUAAUCCUAUGGGAUAGAUUAAGUAAAUCUCCAAAAAGCCAUGUUUUUUUCCUUUAUGUUUUCUUUUUCCCAGACGUUUGAAAAACAACUUGGCAAGUUUUUAAUAUAAUUGGAUAAAAAUCUCCUUUUUAGCCUUUAAUUUUAAAAUGAAUUCAGCUCAAGUCAACAAACAUUUAUUAAGCACUUACAUGCCAAGGUACUGAAAUGAAAUCAGGAUACUAUAGAUUGUCUUAUUUUUAGACAGAUUUAUAUAUUAUCUUUUAGUUGGAAAGAUAUUACAGACUACUGUUCUUGAAUCUUAAAGAUACAAUUGGCUUUCAAAUUGUAUAUGGUUGCCUAAAAGGAAAUUCUGCUGUUUUGGAGUAUAAAAUAAAACUGGGGUGCAGCAGCAUUUGGCAAAUAUCUUGCCAAGGAACUAAAUUUAUUUUCCUUUACUUUCUCAUAAAGUAAAUUAUUUGAGUUAUUUCCUCAUUGACUAGCAUUUUGAUGAGAAUAAAAAAUAUAUCCACUAAAGAUGACUCUUUUUGGGGUAGAGGUGAGAGGAUUUGGGAGCGCAAGGUGUAAUGGGGUAAAGGAAAAGUAUUAAAGUACAUGAUUACCUGAGAAAUGCAGUUUCUUUUUCUUGGGAAGGUAGAGAAGGAUGACAUUCUGAAGUGAAACAUCUUUUAAGUGCAACCAUUACUUUCAAGACGCUGUUUUCUUUAACAUUUAUCCCUUGGCCUACGAUGGGUUUUCAUAUAGAUGCAUCAUGAAUAAAUAAUAUUGUGUUAGUAAAUCACAGUACAGGGGAGAAAAAAUAGUUUUGGGGUCAGAUUCUGUUUUUCUUUUCAGGCCAACCUCUGUCUCACUUGCUACCUCCUUCUGAAGCAAUAGAGACCCUAUGCUUGUCUCUUGAGGUAGACGUUGUAUAAUGUAGCCAACUGGAAUACCAAUCUUAUUUUUUACUGAAAGUACCUCUCCUCUCCCAUUUCUCCCUAACAUACACCAGACAACACUCAAACAUCCAAAAAACUACCUUUAAUUUCCAGUACUAUUUAAUAGCUCUUUUUAAGAAAGGUUGAUGGUCUGACCUGCUUGGACAUAGUAAUUGAUCCAGACUAGGCUGGUACCUAGAUUUUGGGGGUACCUAGAACCAACAGAUACCCUCAUGUAUAACUUCACAGAGCACCCAAAAGAUAAUAACUGACCUGCAGAAAUCAAUCCUUCAUUUAAUCCAAGAGCCUCAUUUCAAGUAUUAUCCGGAUUCUGCUGUGCUUAGAUCAGUAACUCACAGUUUACAUAUCUCUUUGAUCUAAUCAUAACUGGCUCCUUUGGUCAUUUUGAUUGGAAAUGGAGGGGUGGGUGUGGGUGGGUGGGACACUGGGAGGGGGAGGGAAGUGCUACUACUGUUCAGUGUGGAUAUACCUGCAGCAGGAUGUUGCCUAACCCAAUUGAUUUCCAUUUACUGCCGACUGUUCUUACCAGGCAAUGGAGAGAAGAUAUAGUGGAUGGGCACCUUUAAAACCAGCUCAGAAAUGUGUUCUUGUCAGUAAAGGUUUCUUGUCAAGAUGUCUUGGAUUGCACUUUCACAAAGGAAAGACAAUGUAUAUAGCAAAUGAAUGUUGAUGAAACGGAAAUGUUUGGUUAUGGUACUGUUGUGUGUGGUAUAAGAGGAUCUCUGUUUGUGAUCUGUCUGUAUUAAAAAGUAAUAAAGUUGCAAAAAUCUCUCAUUGUU